GCGAGCUCGAGGGUCUUCUCCGGGAGAUGACCAUAGCGCUCCAAGAGGCUCGCGCUGAGAAUACGAGGAAAAGCUCUUCCCCUAGCACUCACCGUUCGAGCAGUCCAGACAGUAUGGCUGUAUCCUCGAACGACUCGAGCGGGCCCGUGCGGUCGCCUUUGCCCGAGGCGAUCUUCUCUCCCGGAGUUGUUGGAGAGGAAUCCAUGUUCUCUUCAGCGCUGUUGCAGAAUUCCGGUGCUGAUAUGCUCAUUGACUCGUCGACCACAUCCAUGAGCGGACCCAAGUCCUGGGAUGUGCUCGAAAGCUUCUCGAAUAACGUAUACUCGUCGGCAACAGAGGCCGAUUUUGGUAUUCUCCCAGACAUGGACGCAUCGAUCUCGUUUACGUCGGAUACCACCAUCGCUUUGACGACCUAUGGAUCUCAAGCCGGACAGCUUGUGCCAAGCGGUUGGCCGCCAAACCUGCCCACCCCUGAAGUAACCCGUCAUCUAAUACAUGCUUUCUUUGCGUUCUGGAUACACGCUGGCAGACUGUUCCACGGGCCUACGUUCCUCUCUUCGCUUGACUUUCCGCCCUCGGACCCACGGUUUCCUUCGCCAGUUGUUCUGCACGCUAUAUGUGCUGUAGGCAGCAUGUAUACGGCUGAUAUCGCGCCGACGCCGAUACACACAAGCCGGUAUUUCCCUUACGAGGCAUUCGAUGGUCGCUGGCGCAAACUUGCUGCUCGCCCGGACUCGUUCGCCGAGCAGCACAUCAAGUACGCAAAUAUAGAAAAGGAAUGCAAUGUCGAUGUUGGAGAGUACCUUGUGGAGAGCUUGCAAGCCCAGGUUCUCAUUACCUGGUGGUACCUGAACCAGGGAAGGUGGUCGGAUGCGUGCUUGGCUUCGGGACAAAAUUUGCGUUACUGCAACGCUACAGGCCUGAUUAAGGCUGGAGCGUUUAAGUCGCGAAUGCCAAGGAAGCUUACUAAUGAAAAGAAAGAGGACGUCUUACCCCCGCCGCUCUCUGCGAUAGACGAGGAGACUCGAAGGAAUACAUUCUGGAUAGCGUAUGCCCUCGAGCGAGAGCAGUCUUGCGGCAAUGGCUUUGCAUUGGAACUCGACGAUGCGGACAUUGAUCAAGUGCUGCCUUUGCGGAGUGACCAAUUCGAGCUCGGCAUCCGCGUCGCACUAGAAGACCGACAGUGGUCGCACGAUCGCGACCUGCUGCUUACGCACCCACUCGAGCGCACAGACAGCUUCGUGCUCUGGCUCAAGGCCACGAUGCUACUCUCGCGUGUGAAGAGCUUCAAAGUGCGCUUCAAGGGGCGAUACCAGGCAGGCGACUCUGCUUACUACUCGCCGACGAGCAGCCCCGCGAGCGGUGAAGCCGAGUACGACCCGCGCGACGCGCCUGUGUUCCAAGACCUGAACCACGCUGUGCUCUCCUUCCGCCAGUCGUUCCCGUCGCACCUCCGGGACCCGAUCCAGGAUGGGACGGUCGACCCGCACCUGUACAGCGCAUGCGUCGGGGCGCAUCUGGCACAGAUUCUGCUGCACGAGCCGCACAUGAAUGUCAAGGACCCGACGUGCCAGUCGCUGAACCAGGUCUCGAAGGGGGCGCGGGCGAUCCUGGAUCUCAUGUACAGUCUGUCGGCGACGAGCUAUGACAUUUCGCUCCUCGGUCAGCUGGCCUUCAACGCAUGGAACUGUGCCGGGCGCGCCCUGGUCGAGUUCCUCAAGAUUGCUAUCGACACUAAUAACCUCGACCAGGUGUUCGUGCUCCACUCGGAGAUCUACUUCGUCCACUCGAUGUUAGCGAAAGCCGGUGAGCGCAUGCCCAUCGCCUAUCGCUACAAGAAGACGGUCUAUGACUCGCUCGCAUUCAUCUGCGGCGAGCAGUUCGUCGAGCCGCUCGCCGAGACGUCGUACCACCGUCCGCAGUACAUGAGCCCGCUCAACUCGGCGCUCGUCGACCCCGUGCCGAGCAUCGUACCGCUCUUCAGCGCGGUCGGGAUCACGUAUCCCAUAGAGUCGCCGCUGCGGAUUUGCUGCUAAUCGUUUCUCCUCUCUUGUGUUUCUGGGCGGUAACAGGGUCUAGGUGUCAGGGCUUUCUGAGAGCAGAACCGUGGUGUAAUUUUUUGCGGAUUGCUUAGUUUAGAGGGAGUAAGUUAUUGAAGACCGUCGCUGUUGUGCUGUACUACGUCUGUUGUAUAAUCUUGCUCUGUUCCUAUGUACCG